AUGAAAAAUCUGAAACCCGAAGAUAAUUAUAGUAACAGCUUAGAUAGGGAGUUAAGGGCAGAGUAAAACGAAGACUUUGAACAAUAGUACUUAGAAUAUUGUCUCAAAGAAUCACGACCUAGCAGUGUUUUUCAAAAUGGAAUGUUUUCUAUGAGUAGAACAGAUAAAACUCCUGAUAUAACAUACACUCCUAAACCUGAACAAGAUUUUCUCUAAAACGAUGUGAUUUCAUUAUCAGAGCUGCCGACUCAAAUCAAUAGAUCCUCCAAAGAUACAGGUUCAAGUCUUAUGACUUUUUUUUUCAUAAGACGGUUCUUAGAAAAAGUUGGAUAAAAAAGACGAUAAUUGGAGACAUUAAAUGAGAUGAUAAAGCCUCAGAAAAGUAAAGUUUAAAAUUUACAUAGUUCAAAUGUGAUUGCCUAUGCCAAGUAGUUCAAGCGCAAAGAACUUUCAUUUAUUUCAGUAUAAAGAAUAUUGACCAAAUAAAUUAUUAAAAAACGAGCAUUUGAGGAAUUGAAGGAAACUCUUCAAUAAAUAUAAACUUCAUUAUUUAAGCAGUUAUUGUUGUUACUCUCUUGUAUACCAUUGAUUCAGCCAGAAAGUAAGUUUAAGAUGUAUUGGGACUUUUUUGUUACAUUCAUGAGAGGGAUAUUGGUGUUUUUGGUACCGUUGGAAAUUUCAUUUCAUUCAAAAAUUUUGGUAUCUGAAGAUCGGAUAUUUUCAACACUACUAUUUAUAAUAUUAUAAUUGGAUUAUAUUGUAAAUAUCAACACUAUCACCUACAAAACAGGCAAAGCAAUAUAAGACCGUUGGGAAAUAAUCAAGUUGCAAACUAAUAGAUCCACUCUAAUAGAUCAAGGCAUAACCAUUAUUCUGCUAGUCAAUACUUACAUGCCUUCAGGAAAUUAUGAUUUAAUUUUGAUCCUACUUUUAAGUUAACUCAAAUAUGUCUAUGAAUCUUUUCUAAAAGUGGAUUAAAUCUCAUAUCUCACAAGACCCUAAAGAGGUAGAAUAGGAUUGCUAAAGUUUUUGCUAUCUUUAAUUUAUAUAGCUCAUUUAUUCAGUUGUAUAUGGUUUUGGUUCAGCAGUAUAGAUGAUGAGGAUUCCUGGAUUAUCUCUAAGAGAUUAGGGAAUCUUAGAUGGUCAUCAUAGUAUUUGGAAGCCUUUUACUUUGCAAUAGUUACAAUGCUAACAAUCGGAUAUGGAGACAAUGUGCCUCAAAAUUAAAUAGAGAAAAUAGUCACAAUCAUUUUUAUUUUGUGUGCUUGCUUGUGGUUUUCUUAUAGUGUAAACUUUAUUGGAGGCAUUAUUGAUGAUAUCACUCAAAAUUAAGUCGAGAGAAACAAAAAGAUGAGAGUGAUAAACAAGUAUAUGAGAGAACGUGAGAUCCCUUAUGCAUUAUAAUAUUAAAUAAAGGAAUACUUGACUUAUCGAUGGAAAGAAGAUGAUGAGAUAGAUUUGGAAAUGGAAUAGGCAUUGCUAGGAUAAUUGUCAGAUGAAUUAAAAGAAGAAUUAGAUAAAUAGGCAUAUAAAAUAUUCAACUUGAAAUGUGAGUUUUUGCAGAAGUACUUCAGUGCUGAAUUUCGAAAUGCUCUCUUUAAAUCAAUAAAAAGAAAAAUUAUACAACCUUAAAAUACAUUUUCAAUUGAAUUUGAUGGAGAAUAUCAUUUAUGUUACAUUGAAUAAGGAAUUCUAUUGUAUUAACACUCUGAUGGAAAACAAAGAUCGAAGAUUAAUUCUCACAUUAGUCAUGGAAGAUUUAUAUGUGUCAAAGAGUUUUUACUCCAUAGUCAAGAAAAAGAAUUAUUCAAAGCAGCUGGAUAUGUCAGUUUAUUAAUGCUAUCAAAAUCUGACUUCCUGGAAACAUUAAGAGAUUUCCCAGAAGAUUUUCAAAAGUAUUGUUAAUUGAGAGAUUAAUUAAUUCUUAAUUUGGAUUAAUAAUUAAUCAAGGAAGGUCAAUUUUGUCCUGUCUGUAAUAAAAUUGAUCAUCAAUUAAAUCAAUGUCCUUAAGUGCAAUUGAUUCCCAAUAAAGAAUUAGUGCUUAAGAGACAUGCCUACAAUUAAUAUUAAGAGAGAAAGUAUCAUAAACGUAGAACUAUUGAAAAACCAAUAAUGACCAGAGCAGAAAUGUUGUUUGUUUAAGAAUGUGCUAGGAUCUUUGCUUUGGAUAAUCCUUAACUCAUUCAGAAUCAAUAAAAGUGCUAAAAUAUUGUGGAUUAGGAUCUUGAACCUAAUAUAGUAUUUCUGGGCAAUGAAGAUUAAUUACCUUCCGUGAAAGUGUUUCCAGUUACUGAAGAAUUUCUUGUUACUUCAGGUCAUCAGAGAGCAGUUAAAUGUAUCGAUUUAGAAAUCUAAUCUGAUGUUAGAAUAGAAAAGCAAAGUAAAUUCACUUAAAAAUAUAAUUCCAAAAGAAUCUAUAAAUCAGGGUCUAUUUAUGACCAUAAAUUCUUGAGAUAGAAUACAAAGAGUCCGUCUUUAUUAUCUAAUCUAAAUGAACCUUCAAUUGAAUCUUAUCCUGGUGAAACAAUUAUCAGCAAUGAAGUUGAGGAAUAUAGAAAUUAAAUUAAGGAAUUUGAAUAAGUCCAUGCAGAGAACAUCAAAAUAAUCUAUAAUAAGAUGCAAAAGUAUAUUGAUGACCCAUAACUUGUUAAACAAAUAAAGGAAAUCACUUAUCUUUACAUUCAAUUGUAUUAUGAAUCUGAACCAAAUUUAGACUCCAUUUAUCACUAUGAUUAUUAUUUCCCUUCGCAUAAUAUCACUUCAAUAAUAGAGCAGAUUAAUAAAAAUAAGUAGAAUUGGCAACAAUUAAUUCUAAAUAGACUUUAAAUGUUCAUGUUUUAUCCGUUUUAAUUUAUCCUUAAAUUUUUGAAACAUAAAAGAACGAAAGCAUAUGUUUCUAUAAUAAAUAAAUUUGAAUCCAUAUAAAGAGUGAGACACAAGAUGAUGCUUUUAAGAGUUACAAAAAGUCAGCUUAAAAGAAACAAGGUGCUUCCAGAAGUUUAAAUUAAAAAUUGUAAAUUGUAAAAAAAAUAAUGA